GGUUUUUGCCUCCGACUGGGGACCGCACCCCCACCCGCCAUCCAUCGCCCCGCCCCGCCCCGCCCCCCACCUUGGGGCAGGUGAGCGGCGGCCAAUGGGCGAGCGCGGGGCAGGUGCCCGCUAACUCUCUCCAAGCACAGCAGCAGCGGAGGCCCAGCCGGGCAGUGCUAGGAGGAUCGCGGGCGGGGGUCGGUCGCGGCGUGACUUGUAAAGGAGAGAGCCGGGAGGACCGCAGAAGCGACUCACAGUAGCACACGCAGCCCGAGCCUGGGCGGUUGCCGAGAGCUGCCCACUGGGCCGCGGGUACCACGCUCCUGGCCGUGCGCAGUGGCUCAACUCGGUGCUAGGACUCUCGCACGCCCCUCGCCGCUCCGCGCCAGGCUCGCCCGCAAGGGCCGAGCGCGGGCGGGCGGGCGGGCGGGGGAGGUGAGGAGUGCGGGCGUGAGUGCAUGUGCUUGGCUCCGUGCACACCCCGCAGGGCGGCAGCUCCAGGGAACCGAGCGCUUCCCAGAGCCCCGCUACCUCGCUCGGCUUCGGCGGCCGCGAUCAUGUUCCAGCCUGCGGCCAAGCGGGGUUUCACCAUAGAAUCCUUGGUGGCCAAGGAUGGUGGUGGCACGGGCGGGAGCCCUGGCAGUGGGGGCGCGGGCUCCCAUCCGCUGGCAGUGGCAGCCUCAGAGGAACCCCUCAGGCCCACGGCACUCAACUACCCUCACCCCAGUGCGGCCGAGGCGGCUUUUGUGAGUGGCUUUCCGGCCGCUGCCGCCGCGGGCGCCGGUCGCUCGCUCUACGGAGGGCCCGAGCUUGUGUUCCCCGAGGCCAUGAACCACCCGGCGCUGACAGUGCACCCGGCGCACCAGCUGGGCGCCUCCUCGCUGCAACCCCCUCACUCUUUCUUCGGCGCCCAGCAUCGGGACCCUCUCCACUUCUACCCCUGGGUGCUUCGGAAUCGCUUCUUCGGCCACCGCUUCCAGGCGAGCGACGUUCCCCAGGACGGGCUGCUUUUGCACGGGCCCUUCGCACGCAAGCCCAAGCGGAUCCGCACGGCCUUCUCACCCUCGCAGCUGCUGCGGCUGGAGCGAGCCUUCGAAAAGAAUCACUACGUGGUGGGCGCCGAGCGGAAGCAGCUGGCUGGCAGCCUCAGCCUCUCCGAGACGCAGGUGAAGGUGUGGUUCCAGAAUCGGAGGACAAAAUACAAACGGCAGAAGCUGGAGGAGGAAGGGCCUGAGUCCGAACAGAAGAAGAAGGGUUCUCACCAUAUCAACCGGUGGCGUAUCGCCACGAAGCAGGCCAACGGGGAGGACAUUGAUGUCACCUCUAAUGACUAGGGGAACAAUCAUGAGCCCACACGGGCAGAGUAUUGCUUGCUGCUGGCCAGGGCCCCAGGGGGCCCAAGCUGGACUCUGGCCAGUCCCUAGCCAGGCUGCAGGGAGGCCUCGAGUCACGGCCCCACAGGGCUUGGAGCCUGGGGCCAUCACUGUCAGAGGGACAAGAAAAUGGGCUGGCUGAGGCCUGGGACUGCUCAGCCUUCUGGUGGAGAGCCUGCUGCUUGGGUGGGCCAGCCGUCACUGCAGCCUCCCAGCUGCUCUCCAUGUCUCUUUCUGUCUUUGUUUUGAGACUUUCUGUUUUAAUUUAUUUUCCAGGUACCUGCUAUAGUUCUUAGUGAUCUUCUCAUGUCCCCUUCCCUAUGGGAACAAUAAAAAUCUCUCUCUUAAUGACACAGCCAUCCAUCUUCAACUGUAGAGCCUGGGCUGGUGAGUCUCAGCUCUCAGCACAGUGGGGGCUGAUCAGCAAGGGUGCUCAGGGCCCAGGAACUUGAAGGGACGCCUCGGCUGGGUCUUUCCAAACGCAUGGAGGGUUAGGACGGCAGAGAUUCCUUGCACAUACAGACUCUAGUGGCUUCUCAAGCUGAGGAGAAUCCAGAGGAAGGAGUCCUGGGGAUGGGUUAAGGAGGUUCCCAAGUCCAGGCCCCACACAGAUGUGUGUCUGUCCUGAACAACCCGAGGCAGCUUUGUUUGUCUGUUUGUUUGUUUGUUUUUGUUUGUUUCUUUUUCAGAUACAAGAUCUUACUCUGUUGCCCAAACUGGCUUCCUAGUCACAUCAAUCCCCUGCCUCAGCCUCCUGAGUGCUGGACUGUAAUAUGAGCCACCACACCUGGUGUCCAUGGGCUUGAUUGUGAGCUUGGCUUGCAGAGGUCAUCAUCAAAGGAAGGCAAGGCAGGUCCAGUGACUCUUGUCCUUCUGCCCUUUAGUUGGUCUAUUUGUCCUUCCCCCUUAACACAUUUUCCUCCAUCCUGGAGAACUUCCAACAGUCUUGUCCCCAACCAACACCAAGGCCUGCCUCUACUUCACCUCCCAUGAACUAGCUCCCCAACCAUCCACUCUAGCACUCUGCUGACAUGAAUGGCAAUCACUAACCACUGUCCCAAGAUCCCCUGGCAGCCACAUCCACCCAUUUCCUGAGUAAUCUGUUUCUUCAUCUGCAGAAGCACCCUCCUUUCCCCCCUAGCCCCUAUGUCUCCAUUUUGGGUCCCUCGUCUCCUCUUCCUCUGGUUCAUCCAUACCUCACGUCUGUCCUACACAACUCAUCAAUUCCUGGCUAGACAGUGGUGUCCAGUCACACUUGGUCAACGCAGCAUCCCUCAGCAGUCCCUGCCACCUGCCUGACCCCAGUCUGCUCUCUGGGAAGAGCAUGGAUGCUAAGUGGCUUCUGUGAAUAUCCAAGAAGAUCCUCCAUGCUGUGACCAGGAGGGCUCUGUUCCCCCGAUCAGGCAGUGUGCCAGGCAGGAAAACUCUAGCUACAAGGCAGGAUAGUGUCACCCUUUUCUCAGUCCUGUGCUGACCUGUAGCCUCUCCUACAUUGCUCCUGGUGUCCCUUAGUGAGCUGCCAUGGCUUUUGCUGGCCUGUGCUGUUCUUCCUAUCUGGGAUGUUGGUGAGUACCCUGUGGACCUCUGAGCCAGGUUCAUUCAUGUUGCCGGGGCUAGGUGCAGAAAUCUGGGCACACAAGGUUCUUUUGCUGAGAACACUCCCACGGUCCUGUGGGUACCUUCUUCUGCUCUACCUGUCUCGAAAGCUGAUGUCCAUUCCAAUUUCCAGAAACCAAAAGACUUUGUUCCUCUUGAUCCCUCCUCCAUCAAAUGAACACAUCCCUCAAAUCUUAAGUCUUCACCUGGCGAAGUCUGAAUUUAAAAACCCACAACAACUCUUCCUGCCAACCAAGUGCAGUAGUUGUGUGUGGGGGGUGUGCAUGAAGAGGCAGGGUGGGAGUGAGGAGAGGUUCCCUUUUCAGCUCUGGUGGUGGUGGGACAGAACGGGCGAGCCCUUCCUCUGAAGAUCCUACCAUGCUUGGCUGGGGGGUGGGGUGGGGGGAUGGGUCCUGGCAGAUCACAGCAGAAUGCCCUGUCAAGAAAAUAAAGGACUAGAAAGACCGGAAACCUGCCAAUCUUCCUAGGCAGGCCUGCUGGGGCGGGGCAGGGAGCCCCCUCCAUCCCCCCAUGUUGUGCCUCUCCCGCAGACGGUAAAUAUUGGUGUUGUGACUUCAUUAAUAAAGGCUUCUGUGAGCCUGAAAAACAUGGAAUCAGGAUGAACUAUUUUCUGA